UCACAUGAUUCAUCAAAUAGGAUAAAUUAACCACUUCUGACCUCCUUAGAACAUCUCAGUAGUGGUUUCGUUUGUCAAAACAAGAAAGGACCAUUGAUCAUAAGCAAAAGAAAGCAUGGAGAUGAAACAAAUGCAGAGUGCUGAAGAGUUGUUUCAAGCUCAAUCCCAUUUAUACAGCUAUACAUACCAUUUCAUUGGGUCUAUGUGCCUCAAAAGUGCAGUUCAUUUGGGAAUACCAGACAUAAUCCACAAGCAUGGUCAACCCAUUACACUUAAUGAGUUGGUCUUGGCACUUCAAAUUGACCCUAACAAAUCCGGAUAUGUGUAUAGGCUCAUGCGGUUCUUGGUGCAUUCUGGAUUCUUUGUUACAACCAAGAUUGAUGGUGGAAAAGAAGAAGAAGAAGAAGAAAUAAUGGGGUAUGAUCUUACACCUUCCUCAAGGCUCCUCCUCAAAGACACUGUCCCAACUCUCUCUCCUUUUGUUCAAGCAAUGUUUCAUCCUGCUAUACUUCACCCUCCUGAGUUCUUGGCAGAAUGGUUCCACACAAAUGAACCUACACCCUUUCACACUGCACAUGGCAAAAGCUUUUGGGACUAUUUAAGCCAAAACCAAGAGUUUAAUGGCCUCUUCAAUGAAGCAAUGAUCAGUGAUUCUGGAAUGAUGAAUUUGGUGAUCAAAGAUUGCAAGCCUGUUUUUGAGGGGAUGAGUUUAUUGGUUGAUGUUGGCGGCGGAAAAGGCGCCGUGGCUAGGUUGCUUUCUGAAUCUCUGCCUCAUUUGCAAUGCAUAGUACUUGAUCUUCCACACGUUGUUGAAAAUUCACAAGAUUGCAAUAACUUGAAAUUUGUUGGAGGUGACAUGUUUCAAUCUAUUCCUUCAGCUGAUGCAAUUCUUCUUAAGUUAGUUUUGCAUGCUUAUAGUGAUGAAGAUUGCAUUAAGGUACUGAAGAUGUGUAGAGAAGCUAUUUCAAGCAAAGGUAAGGAAGGGAAAGUAAUAAUCAUAGACAUAGUGAUCAAUGAGAAGAAUGAUAAGCGUGAAUUGACAGAAUCAAAGCUCCUCUUUGAUCUGCUAAUGAUGAGUGUGGUCACUGGAAAAGAGAGGGAAGAAAAAGAAUGGAAGAAGCUCUUCUUGGAAGCUGGAUUCAGUCACUACAAGAUAACACCCAUAUUUGGUAUGAGGUCACUCAUUGAAGUUUAUCCUUGAAUAAUAAAAGGCAGAGAUGUUGAUCUAUACAUUGCUUUAUUUUGUUAGGAGUUAAAUCUUAGUCAUAUUUCUAUUAAUGAUCAAUGCCUCUGCUUUAUAACAAGCAUACAAUAGCAGUUUAUAUUGGGAGCCUGUUGUAAUAACAUUAAACAAACUUAUAAUAAGCUUCAAAGUUCAAA